AUGGAGCAAGAUGAACAAUCGCCUCGGUUCGAACAUCCUCCAAUGUCGAGGGCCAGGUCCCGUUCGGAUGCCAUGAAGCGUGUGUCGAGGGCGUGUCUGCACUGUCGGCAGCGCAAAUCUAAGUGCGAUUUAGAUGGUAGCGGCAGCCCAGGUGUUCCGCCAUGUCAACGAUGUAUCCGCGAUGGUCGUGAUUGUGUCCUGGGCAGUUCGAAUCGAGGCGGUCGCCGAAUUCGCAAAAACAAACUGAAAAAUGUCACUCCUGGGGUCUCGGCUCAGGAGAAAUCCGAUCUGGAUACAGUCAGUUCGCCCAGCUCGGAAAACCGCCAGGCUGCGUCCUACCCCGGCCCCGUGGUCUUCAUGCCGCCCAAUCCCCCAACGACAACAACGUCGGUUUCUGUGGACGACGAUGACACGGCGUCUAUUGGCUCAGUUCCGCGAAAUCCAUCGGAUGCAUGGCAGUGUUUGACGGGUAUUGCGAAACGGGGUACGGAUGGCAAUACCGCGGAGACGAUUGCAGAAUCUUUGCCUGGUUCAGGUGGUUUUUCGACUUACGGCACGCUACAGAGUGGCUCGGUGACUGAAUUUUCGACAAACAGUGGCAUCAAAACAUAUAGACUCGUCCAAGCGCGCUCCCUAGAUCCAGCAACGGUGUGGCAGCUCGUGGUGCGCUACGCCGAGAAUUUCCACCCAUACUUACCGCUGGUACCACGCAAGUACUUUGAUCGCAAUGCCCUGGAUGCCUUUGCGACCAAUGAAAAGUAUCUUCUCACCGCCGUUCUCACCAUCGCUUCCAAGGACCUGGUGGAACGACCAGAAAUCCAUGAAUAUUGUUCCAGAUACAUGCACGAGCUGAUCUCUGGUAUUGCCGCUGGAGCUGACUGCGACGUCGAAGCCGUGGAGGCCCUGCUCAUUCUCGCGGAAUGGGAACCUCAAGGUCUACGCCCGCGCAUUGAACGCGUUGGUCGAGGAGAAGAGGACCGUGCCGCAUGGAUGCACAUUGGGCUCGCGUUACGAUCAGGUUACUUCCUCGGCUUGGAUCGAACAUCCUUCCGAGGCGAUGCAUCAGGAGAUACGGCAACAGAGGCCCGCAGGCGAUUGGCCUGGACCAGCUGCUACAUCUCUGAUCGUCUGAUUUCUGUUCGCAUUGGGCGCGCUUUCUGGUCGCGAGGGCCUGGCCCGAUGACAGGACUGGUCAGUCAGGAUUUUCCUUCCUUGCAACCUGUCAAAGAAGGGGAAGAGGACCAUGCGAAGAUUUUCCAAGCCACGUUGGAUCUCACGCAGCUGUAUGGGAAUGUCCACGACGUACUAUACUCUGGCAUGCGCACCAGCAACCAAAUGAUGCUUAUGGGCGAUUAUGUCAAAUAUGUGGAUGACUUUCGUCUUGCCAUUCUGCGCUGGAAGUCCCUUUGGGGGUCAUUACAUUGUUCUCCUCCCAUCCGCGCUACAUUGCAGCUAUCAUACGAGUAUCUGAGGCUCUAUACCAACGCAUUUGCUUUUCAGGCAACAAUAUCGCAGUCAUUGGCAUCAAAGGUUAACGGUGAUGCUCACGCUCAGAAGGAGCAUUUGCGAAGGGCAUUCAACAAUGUGGCAUCUUUGCAGGAUGCACGAUUCAUCUAUGAAUCGUUGGAUGCUGCCAAAGCUUACCUGUCUAUUCUUGUGGACUUAGUUGAUCCAGAAAAGCACUUGCACUUUAUGCCGCUUCGAUUCUACUUGUACGGUAUUUAUGCGGCAGUAUUCUUGUACAAGGCCCGUUCAUUCGGCGUCAUGUUACAUUCCGAAGAAAUGGCAGUGCGCGACCUCGUCACUCGAACCACCGAGGUCCUGAAACGGGCAAGCGCCGGCCCUGAUGACAUCGGAUCUCGGUACUCACGCCUUCUAGAACUUCUCUGGCAAACCAAACCUGCAUCAAUCACUUCUCCCGCAGGCACACAGCAAAGCAACGAUAUCAUGCAGACUACACUUUCAAACUGCCUUUCCGACCAGAAUAAACAUGUGGAUUUCAGCCCGGCGAAUGAUUUCUCCUGGUUGGAUCUCGAGGCUGUCGGUGACUUUGUCUCCGGAGACCAGAUCUCUGGAGCAGGGAUGGGGUUUGACGCGUUCCAGAAUCCUGAUCUGUACCAGACUGGACAGGAUCGUUUGCAGAGCUGGCAGGUGUCAACAUGGCCAAGUGACAUGAGCAGCCUUCUUUUUUAG